UUUUUUUUUACUAACAUUCGGUAGAAUCAGCUUUUUUUCCUAUUGUGCAGCAUCCAUUUCUCCCAUCUAUACAGCCAAGACAAGACUAUAAAAUACAAUACACAUCACAUUGCUGCAAUGAGUUGGUCUGGUCUUAAGAAGAAUCUGUCCAGGGCAACCACUUCGGUGUUGUCCAAGACAGGAAAUAUUGAUAGGACAACAGACCGGGAGUUUGAAGAAGAGGAGAAGCGCUUCAGGAGUCUGGAGCAAAAGGUUGAAAAGCUUCAAAAGGAGGCCAAUGGAUAUGCACAAGCCGUGAGACAUAUGACAGGAUCGCAGCUUAAGAUCGCAUCAACUAUUGAUCAAUUCUAUGAUGAAGGAGCACCAAUGGGGAUUUAUGGCGUGAAAUAUAAAGAGGCUGUUGCCAAGCUUGAGCAGCAAACCCAAGACGAAGUGGAUGCUACAUUCAGAACGACAGUGCUAGAGCCUAUAGGCAGAUAUUCUGCCUACUUUCCAGAGAUCAAUGAGGCAAUCAAAAGGCGUAAUAAGAAAUUACUUGACUAUGACUCUGCUCGAUCUAAAGUCCGUAAGCUAGUGGAGAAACCAUCGGAGGAUAAUACGAAAUUACCACGAGCAGAACAGGAAGCUAAUACAUUGCGAGAGGCCUAUGAAAGUAUCAAUGCACAAUUGACCUCAGAACUCCCCAAGAUCAUUGAUAGUCGAGUGGCGUACUUGGACCCAUCCUUUGAGGCGGUCGUCAAAUCACAAUUGUCGUUCUCCCAGGAUGCACACAGCACUCUGGAAGGCCUGCGACAGUUCUUUCCACCGGAGACAGAGGGCUAUGAACUUGAGGAGUCAGCAGAGGGCAUCUUGGCCCAGAUGAGAGAGUUGUCUAUCUGUGGGCUAGCCUAAAAACAAUGAGA